AAAUGUCAAUGUCACAAUCAGUUUUUGAGAAAUACAAUAGACCUUCUCUUGUUUUUAAUUAUAUACUUAUUGUUUGAAAGUUUUUUUAUUUAUUAGAUAUCAUCAUACAAAACUAAGCUUGGAACAUAACAUAUCUAACCAUGACAGAUGACGGUAUCAGUAAAACAACAAAUCAAUCCAAGAAAAUUUUUAUCAACCCAAAAUACACAAAUCAUGCUGUAGAAAAUGUUAAUAGAAAUAUCCAUAUCAAUCCAAAAUUUGCGAAUAUUCAUGUCAACCCAUCAUUCUCAAACAUUCAUGUCAAUCCUUUAUUUAAAGGUGCACAUGUUAAUCCAAAUUUUAAUAAACCUAUUGCUCCAAACAUCAAAGUUCAUAUUAAUCCAAAACAUUUUGAUGCACUUUUUUCAAAUGAAAUUAAAAAUGUGUCAGAUAUAAAUGCUAAAGUGUCAAUAGCUCCAGUACAAAAGCCUAUUGUUUUAAACACUAAAGUACAAAAUAUAGCGCCUAAAAUUGGAGGUACUGAAAAUAGUGCAUCAAAAUAUUCUUUCUUGUCGAACCGUAAACUUGUUAAAAACACUUGUAAUAAGCUCAUAAAGGAUGUUAAAAAAGUUGAAAUACAGCCAAUGACUUUAAUUAGUAAGUCGAAAACCAAAUUAAUACGUGCACCUUUACAAAAUGUUAAUUCCAAUAAAAUUUUAAAUACAAAUCCAUUUAAAUUACGGUUAAAUAAAAAAUCCCCCAAGAAAAAUCCUGUGGUAUUACUAAAGACAAGCCCGUUCAAACCAACGUUAUGUUCAAUGAGAAGAAAGACUACAAAAUAUAAAUUGGAUAGAAGAUUAGAAAAACCUGAAACAAGUGUUAUAUUGUCGAAGACAAAAUAUGCUAUAAGGCACCUGAACAGAUCUUCUGAAAAAUCUUUGGAUGUCAACAAAGUGACAAAAUAUCGAAAAGUUUAUCAAAUGCCUUCAGGAAAACUUUUCAACUGCAUAAUUAAUAGGACUACUGUUAAAAGAUUUACAAAGUUGAAUAGAUAUUCCAAAACCAAUGUUAAUGGUGAUCAUGAAGAAAAUCAUUCUGUUAUUAAAAAUAGAUCUGCUUAUAAAGUAAUUAAUUCAAAGUCAAGAAAGUCUUCUACUUCAAUUAUUAAGAGGGAAGCUCUUAGAAUUACUAAUAUUCCUUGCCAAGUUUUUCGUAAGUAUGGUGUUUGUAAAAGGAGUGAACAAGGGCGUUGUUUUAAAGUUCAUGACAAACGACAAAUCGAUAUAUGCAAGGAUUAUCUGGCAGGCAAAUGUUCCAAAUCAAAUUGUUUACUAUCUCAUGAUACAAGUGCCGCAAAGAUGCCAAUAUGCUUGCAUUAUUUAGCUGGUGUAUGCGGUAGAGAUAAUUGCAUAUAUCCUCAUAUAAAGCAUAAUGCCAAUGUUUCUGUUUGUAAAAUAUUUCUACGUGGUUAUUGCGAGAAGGCAGAAAAGUGCAAAUAUCGCCAUGUCUUUCUUUGCCCUGACUUUGCCAAAACCAACAAAUGCCCUAGAUCAAAAUGCCCUUAUCCGCAUGCAGCUAGAAAAAAUACAUCUAAGGCGAGAUUAUAUAAAAAGCAAGUAAAUAAACGAGAAUCUGUCAAAACUGAUGAUAAAAUAAAGGAAGAAAAAGAUUUGACAAAUCGUUACUAUGACAAUUCCGAUACAAAUACUGUUAAAGAUAUUCUAGAACAUGGUAAUACACUUAGUGACAAUUCAGACGUAAGUAUCAAUGAUAAUGAUGAAGUACAUACAAAUAAAAGACCAGCACUUGGAAUAUUGCCAUCUUAUAUACCACUUUAAUAAAG